AUGGGUAACAUUGUCAUCCGCCACGCCGUAUAUUGCAAAGACUGCUUCUCCCCAUCCAUCCUCACCAAAUUCCGCAAAGCCCUCGAAUCAACGAUCAACGCACUCGGAACCGCGUCCUCCAAGAACCAGUUCAAAGCCGAGGGCGGCGUGCUCGUCGCCCUCUCUGGUGGACUGGGAUCGACCGUGCUUCUAUCUGUCCUUGACGACCUCUACGUCUCGCGCACGCGCAAGAAGCCCGAGCGGCCCAAGGCUAAGAACAAGGACAAGGACGCUAUCAGCGAACCGCUGAAAGCGAAUGGGAAGGGAGCGAAGGUCGGGGAUAAGGACAGUAAUGGGAUCGACAAGGGCACGCAGCAUCCGCGGCGUGGGCAGGUGUGGCAGGGUACACCUGGGGUGGUGUAUAUCGAGUGCUGCGGCGCAUUUCCGAACAUGCUAGAUCGAACAGAGGAGCUGCGCGCGUUGAUUUCAACUCGGUAUCCUGCGUUCGAAUUUGUACCUAGACGGCUCGAGGAUGCUUUCGAUCCUGCAUUCUGGAGAGAGGUGCAUGGGGACGACGCGCAUCGGGUGUUACACCUUGAACUGGCCAAAGAUGGGCUACCUGUUCCAGAGCUCAAGGUCUCUCCAGCAAGGUCCAGUACUCGCUCACCAAGCCCAGCAGAGGCUCUGCGCGCCUACCUUUCUGCCCUGCCCACGCAGACAGCCGCACAGAGCGCUGUGCAAACACUGAUACGUCUCAUCGCACUGCACGCUGCACAUGCUCGUCGGGCCUCGCAUCUCCUAUUCGGGACACCACUCACUAGUGUGUCCGUCUCGCUCAUCGCGGGGAUUGCACAGGGAGACGGGUAUGCGGUGCGCGAGGAGUUGUACGAGGAGUGGUUACCGUCUCUGCCUUCUGACCCAUCGAUUACCCAUGAGGCCAGCAGAAACGGCGGAGGUGAAGAACAGUCGAUAUCAAGGCCAAGAACCGUGAGGCUGGUACGCCCGCUGAGAGACGUGACGAUGAAGGAAUGCGCGAUGUAUGCAUGGUGGAACAGUGUGGAGAUACUUGGGCACCUGCGUCUCGCGAGGGUUGGACAGAGUAUAUACGGACUCACGAAAGACUUCAUCAUGGGCCUUGAGAAGGACUACCCUUCGACGGUGUCCGCCAUCUUCCGCACGCUCGCCAAGGUGGAGCCCAAGGACCAGUCGGUGGACUGGUGUGUCAUGUGUCAAAGGCCGAUGCCCCACGGGAUCCAGCAGUGGAAGAGCCAGAUAUCGAUACGCACGCGCGAGAUGCUCGCCGCCGCGAAGACGAACGUGCCGCUCGACGCAGACGUGUCCGACAAUGUCUCGCCUGCGUCUGAUCCGUCAUCGAUUACACCAUAUCUGUGCUAUGCGUGCCACACGACGCUUACGAGCCGGGGUGGCGCUGCUUUCCGCAAGAACAACGCACCGGCUCCGUCCGCUGGUUCUGUGCGGCUGCCGGUGUGGGUUCAUUCGUCGCUGACACAGUCGCGCGAUCCGACGGGUCUGAAGAAGGCUAGCGAGACCAAUAGCAUGGAGGACGCCUACGAGAAUGAGGUUUGGCGCGUUAGACGGGUGGAGCGCGCCGAGAUGCGGGAGGGCAUCAAGGCCUUUCUACUUGAACACGAGGAUGAGGAUGAUGACUAGCCUACGUGUCAGACGCGUUCCAGGAUCGCUAAUGCAGGUUCAGCCAUAUGAUUCCGAACUUAUGGUGCGAUGAUUUACUUUAGGUUUACAGCUAAUCGGACCCCGUUCCGGAAUGGACGACUGGAGGUACGAGGUACUUUUUCUGUGAUCUACAUAGUAGCUGUGUACUGUACACACUUACUUUUGUUUUAUGUCUGGUAAAACACAAACAAUGCCACUUCGCGUUGUUCUCAG